AUGUCUUCUCCUUUGGUUGGUCCACCGGAGCUCCGAGAGCCUGUCACCGGAAAACGCAAAACAUCUUCUGGUCCAAGCGAUCCAUUCAUGGACGCGAUGGUCUCAAACUUCAACAAAUCAUCCAAAGUCAAGGAUCACUCUUCUCCUCGUAGAGGCCUGACCGAGAACGGAGCGGACACAUAUCUCUCCGCCGGUAAUCCUUGCCUCGACUUCUUCUUCCAUGUCGUUCCAAGCUCCUCCAAGAAAGACAUUGAGGAGAGACUCAUCGCGGCUUGGGACCACGACGCUUUAACCACUCUAAAGCUUAUAUAUGUAACCUUCGUAAAGUCCGAGGUACCGGAAAAUCCGACAAGCAAGGGUUUUACACGGCGGCUUUAUGGCUCCAUGGUUGUCAUCCCAAAACCCUCGCUUGUAAUCUCGAACCCCUCUCGAAAUUUGGUUACUUUAAGGAUUUCCCUGAGCUUCUUUACCGCAUUCUACAAGGCCAUGAGAUCCAGGAAAAGCCAGAGAAUAUCUAGAGGAACUAGUGGAAGAGCUCCGAUCUCUAAUCCUGGUCGUGGAAGCGGUGACGUUCGCCAGAAAAGCCGGAAAAAGAAGCGGACGAGGGAGCUGAGGAUAGCGAACGCAGAGAAAAGGAACCAAGUGGAGAAAGAAAAAGCGAGUUUGGAUCGAUAG